UAACAAAAAUAUUUUUAACACUGACGACCUUUAUUUGUCGUUCACCGGCGGUGUAAGUGUAACAUUGAAAACAGCGUGGUUGUUUAGAAUGUCAUUUGAGGAUUUUAUCUGAAAUGAAUGAAAGAAGGCGAUAUAUUUCUAUUGAUUGGGAAGUCUGUAAGUGUAGGCCGAGUAUUCUUUAAUACAUUAUAAUUGGAAAACUCUAAAUUGCCAAAAAACGGAUGAAAACAUGGGUUCAACUUUCACGUGGAAAUAUCUCACCUGGAGUAGAUGUAUAAUUAACCGCAGGUUAAGGAAUUUUGGUAAAAUACAGAGAUGUCAGAAUUCCACCACAAUAACCAAUAAGAAUAUUCUUCAGUUACACGAAAGAGGUCUCUUUCAGAAUGUCUUUCCCCCUGAAAGUUCGCCAGAUUUGAUGAAGAAGUUACUCAGUGGCCCUCAGUGUAUUUAUUGUGGUUUCGAUCCAACUGCCAGUAGUCUUCAUGUUGGUAACCUUUUGGCUAUUAUAGCGCUGUUACACAGUCAAAGAGUUGGACACCAACCGAUUGCUGUGGUGGGUGGCUGCACGGCCAAGAUAGGUGACCCUAGCGGUAGAAAGACAGACCGAGUGCCAAUGUCCAGUGAGUUGAUUGAAGAAAACAGUUCCAGUAUCAAAGAGAGCUUACAAAGAAUAUUUGAUAAUCACCGUGACUUUCUGUGGAAACAACCAAAUAAAGAAUUACCGGAACCUCUAAUCCUUAACAAUAAGGAAUGGUACACAAAUCUUAAUGUUAUUGAUUUUCUUGCGAAAUAUGGCCGAUUUUUCCGACUAGCUGAUAUGCUGUCGAAACACAGUGUGAAGAGUCGUUUGUCAAGUCCUGAAGGAAUGAAUUUUACAGAGUUUACUUACCAAAUGUUCCAGUCUUUUGAUUGGUUAACUUUACUCAAACAUUACAAUUGUUCCAUUCAGAUUGGCGGCAACGACCAACUUGGUAAUAUAGUUGCCGGUUAUGAAUUUAUUCGUCAAACGACUAACGAGAAAGUGUUUGGUCUCACCAUACCACUGCUAACCUCAACCACUGGAGAUAAACUGGGAAAAUCUGCUGGAAACACAGUUUGGUUGAAUGCUGAUAAAACCUCACCCUUUGAUCUUUAUCAGUAUUUUUUAAACCAACCUGAUGCAGAUGUUGAAAGAUUGUUAAAACUUUACACAUUUCUCAGUAAUGAACAUAUUGAAAACAUCAUGAAGGAACAACGAGCCAAACCACAUGAAAGAAUUGGUCAGAGAACUCUUGCUGAACAAGUGCUCCUGUUGGUACACGAUGAAUCUGGUUUAAAGACGGCCAAACGCUGGACAGAAGCCUUCUUCACCAAUAACACAGACGUUCUUAGCAGACUCUCAGAAUCUGAAAUAACCGAACUCUUUCAAAAUGCAGCCACUUGCCGCAUGUUGUUGGAACCAGGAAUGACCGUUCUGGAGACGUGUAUGAAAGCCAACUGUUUUGACCGGGAAGUAGACGCAGAACGCAUCAUCCGAGCUGGUGGUGUCCGAUUCAACCACCAGAGGGUUGCAGAACCAGAUAUGGUUUUACAGGAGGGUCAGCAUAUACUCUCAAAUAAGUUAUCCCUCAUUCGUAUUGGUAAAAAGAACCAUUAUAUUGUGAAGUGGCUUCCAUAAACCGUUUCACCUGGACGACAGUUUAUUCAUGGCUACCAAUGUGAUUCUGAGACAACUGAAGGAGAUCGGAUAGAGGAAUUGGUGAACAGCAAUGAUGGCACUAAUUGAAGAAAGAACCACCAUUCUCUUCUCACUAAUAUCUAUUCUUGAUGAUUAUAUUAACCAAAUCUUUGAGAACAUACAUGAAUUUUAGACGAUUCCAUGAUGCCAAAGUGGACCUUGUACUAGCACCGGUCACCAUAUUUUUUUUUUUAUCUAUCAUGAUUGUUUUUGAUUAUUUCUUAAUUUUGGAUGUAAUGUUGACACGAUAUCUUAAUUGCUAUUCUUCCCGACUAUGCUUGGGCUGAGUAUUGAACCUGAAACUUGUAUUUUAUGAACUGGGUUUGGAUCUGAACUUGCAUCAUUGGUUCGUUUGUUUAAAUUUUCAUUCUCUUCUAUGCUAGUAUGGCUUGGAUGGGAAUUGAUGUUGAGGCAGGAUUUUAUGGUGGGAUGCCUUUCCUGUCACCAAUCCUCACCUGUAUCCAAGCAAUAGAGAGAUCUGACUUGUACAGAAGAUAGCAAAUGAAUGACAUCACUUGUAAUACAAUUGACACUCAUUUACAUCCAUCAUAUGAUAUCAAAACAAACAGACACACCCACCCACGCACACACAUAUUUAUUUGAGGUUGAAUUUUACUGCUGGAUGCUCCCGCUGUUGCCAACUUUUACCUUUUACCAGAACAUAAAAGGUUUCUUGUGAUCUGCAGGUCAUUGAAAGUGCAGGGCAGCUAGGAACAUCACCUGAAGACUGUUGGAAAGAAUUUACUGAUUGAAAAAUUGUCAGCAAUGUAUCUAAUGACAUGGAAAAUAAUUCAGAGGUGGAACUUCAAAAAUGGUCUCUGUUUCUUAUGAACUGCUGAAUGUCUCUUUGAUUACAUAAGAUGUUCCAGUGGCCGAUUUCUUCUUUUCACUGACCAGUGUUUGUACCGAAUAUUAGAUUGAGACAAAUCACCAACAGAAUCAAGAAACUUUGUAUAUCUCGAAAAAGAAUAUGAUUAAAAAAUAAUUAAUAAAACAAUCACAAAAUGUCAGGUUGUUUUAUUAUAUUUUCUUUUAAAUUUGAA